UCCCGCUCUUUCACGGCGCGUUGAGCGUAGUCCGCUGCUAACUGACCGAGGCGAUAUGGAUUCCGACGAUGAGAUUGACCAUCUCAUGGUAGAGGACGCUGCGCUCUAUCGACGCCGCACUGGGAAUUUGCCACUCAAGGUCAAAUCAGACAAGAUAGCGAACACCUUGAGCAGAUUCUACAAUAUGCUUGCAUACCUCGGCGAUAAACUGGACUCAGACCAAGUUGAAGACAUCCGUCGUCGUACACACAGAAACCUCAGUGAUCAUCAUGUUGAACGGCUUUUCUCGACGAUGGCCGGCUUUUAUAAGGGAAACUUGGACCUUACAGGGCGUCAUCUACCACGCUACGAACGACUGCGCAUUCGAUUUGACGAAGUUAUGAAAGACUAUAACCACGCCGCUAGCCAUUGCCAGAGGACCACGGAACGCGUUGAAGAGCAAUUCGAGGACAACGGCGAGGUGUUCUCCUACGACGUCCACAAAACCACUUUCGACCCACCGACGCUGUGGGACGACCUUGCCAAGAAAUGGGGGUUAAGGUCCAUGAUGGACUUUCACAAGUUCGAACUGAUGAUAGGUGACUAUCUCCAUUCAGUUGGUGCCCCGGAUCCGCAGCCCAAGUUCCAGCAAUUGCUGCUGCUCGAUUUACCGGCAGAGAUCCUCGAUUACAUCAUGCAUCUAUCUAGUCUCGAAGACCUGCGAACAUGGUCUUCCGUGUGCAAACUCCUGCGCGAUCACGCGCUCAAGUACGUAUACGAGCGUCAUGAUUACAAGCUCGACUCUUACGCUCUCGACUACGCGGCUUUGCAGACUAUACCCCGCGGCGAAGGCUAUCAAGAACGAGUGAACGAGUACAUGAAGGACGUCGCACUCACCCAACGCAACAAUCUGGUCCAUCGCAUGAGCAGAGUCUUGCAGCGCGAUGACAUCCUCAGCCGAAUCCGAACAUUGACCUUCGUCGAAACUUGGUCGUCACCCGAUAUACUCGCUAGAAUUGGGUGCCCAUACCCAGAUUACAUUGCGCCCAUCAUCCCGCUUCUUUUCGACCAUCUCCGCUCGUCGUCAACCACCGAGCUCAUCUAUAUGACGCGGCUGCUAUACCGUUGUGUAUGGGAGGCCAUCGCUGAUUCCAAGACACUCCGCACGGCGCGCCUGACUGUUGUUCGAUCAUCCGAUGAUGUGCAGUGGGCGAUCGCGCCGAACUUGAUCAACCUGGAUCUACGGAUGCUCCAAGACGCUGACGAUGAUGAGAGCCAUCUAUGGGAUCUUGUCGCCCUCUGUCCAUCGCUGCUCUUCCUGUAUCUGAGUGGGGUACACAAGGUCGGCACACCCUUGCCCAGCGCUGUCUUCAAUCCGCAGCCCGGCAACGUCAUGACGCACAUACGACGCCUGCGGCUAGGGGACAUAUGGGCUGAUAGCCUCGAAGACCUCAUCGUCGCCAUCGAGGCGGCCGGGCCAGUGCCGCUCACACACCUCAGCAUCUCAACGGCCCAGUCCCACAUCAAGCGAGACCUGGCCCUCCGGCUCGUUCGCUCGUUCAUUCGCGCGCCAGACUUGCGCGUUCUCGCAAUCUCCAACCUGCAGUAUGCUCAUCCAGACCUCUUCGCACUCCUCGCAGAAUGCGCACCCUCGCUGCAAGCUAUCGCCUUGGAAUACUACCCCAGUAUAUGGCAUUCCAGUGGCGCGUCAUCUCCAUGGCCAUGUCCUCUCUACGAGUACGCCCCCCAUCUCGUUGCAUUCCCACACCUAGAGCAUCUCGCUAUGAACGUCAAGGUCAUGGACUUUCCUUACACGACGUACUUCUUCCCAAGGUUGGAAGAUGGGUACGAGGGCGCGGAGGAGGCGGACAGUGACGCACGGAUCCAGUGGGCGAGCGGCAGUGCUGAUCCCGAGGAAGAUCCUGAAGAGAUUGACCACUGUUUCGACGGGCCCGCAAAGUCCGUCGUACGGCUGUUCGCCGCGUACAAUCGCACCCUUCAGACGGUCUUCUUCGAGAGAAUUCAGUUCGCGGGGAUCUUUGGGGGAUGGGCUAUCGACCGGGAUGAGGGCGGGAAGGUGACUAUUCGCGACAGGCUCACUAGCACGGAGCGGGAGCGCUCUCACCUGUCGGCCACCGCACUAUUUGCCCCGAAUUGGGCAUUCAGCGAACGAGAGGCUGACGACAUUUUGGGAGCCGGUCGAAGUAAUCGAUAGGGAGGCUGGUUUCGUCGAACAGAAUAGUUGUAUUUGUAUCAGACCAGAGGCAUCAUUUACUGCGGCACCAGCAUCCCUCGAUGAACCGUCCUCGCGCCCAUCUUCUUUCCAUUUCUCUGAAAUUUCAAUGUUCUCCUGCCGUGGUCGAAAUAGAAUCCUACGCGCUCGUCCAGGUAGGCUGAGCCCUCAAGCUGCGAACGGGCUUCGGCUGGUACGGCUCUUCCAGAUACUUGACUUCCUC